GGGCGGGCGGCGGGGGAGCCCCGGGCUGAAGCCUGCGGUCGGCCCGAUGUGGCGCAGGUCGGUGCCGAGCGCUGAGGAGGGAUUAGAAGAUGGUGCGUGAGGCUGCGCGUUGGCUCCCUGGGCGAAGGGGCUGUUCCGGGGCUCGGCCCGCCGCCUGCCCGAGAGGUGCGAGGGGUUAGGCCGGGAGGCGCAGCCAUGGAGGGCUCGGGCGAUUCCGCCCGGGCCGUGGCCGACUGGCGCCUGGCCGUGGGGACCCUGUGCUCCGUGCUGCUGCCCGUGCUGAUCACGGCGUGGUGCAGCUUCCAGCGGUCCCGGCGGCAGCUGCUGAUCCGCGACAUCUUCCGCAAGAGCAAACACGACUGGCACUACACGGACCUCUUCGGGCAGCCCUCGUACUGCUGCGUGUGCGCCCAGCACAUCCUGCGCGGCGCCUUCUGCGGCUGCUGCGGGCUGCGCGUCAGCGAGCGCUGCCUCAAGAAGGCGGACCAGCGCUUCCUCUGCAAGGAGAUCAUGAUGAGGGGCACGGCGGGAGCCCCCAGCUCCAUGCCCCACCACUGGAUCAGGGGCAAUGUCCCUCUCUGCAGCUGCUGCAUAGUCUGCAAACAGCAGUGCGGCACGCAGCCCAAGCUCUGCGACUACAGGUGUGUAUGGUGUCAGUACACUGUGCAUGAUGAAUGCAUGGUGGAUUGUUUGAGGACUGAGGAUUGUACAUUUGGAGAAUUCAAAGACUUAAUUAUUCCGCCCUACUAUUUGUCUGCAAUCAACCAGAUGCGGAAAGAGAAAAGAACCAGUUAUGAAAAGGUGGUCCCUUAUGACAGGAAACACUGGAUGCCAGUAAUGGUGCUGGCUAAUACUCGCAGUGGAAACAACAUGGGUGAAACUUUACUAGGGGAAUUUAAAAUGCUGCUGAACCCUGUUCAGGUUUUUGAUCUCAGCAAAAUUGGACCUGCUAAAGCUCUCCAGCUCUGCACUUGGCUGCCUUGCAACUCUGUCAGGGUUCUGGUCUGUGGUGGGGAUGGCACAGUGGGCUGGGUCCUGGAUGCAAUUGAUGAAAUGAAGAUAAAGGGGCAAGAACGAUAUAUUCCACAAGUUGCAAUUUUACCUCUGGGAACAGGGAAUGACCUGUCUAAUACACUGGGCUGGGGUGCAGGUUAUGCUGGAGAAGUCCCUGUAGAGCAGAUCUUACGAAAUGUCAUGGAGGCAGAUGGAGUCAAACUAGACAGAUGGAAGGUUCAAGUAACAAACAAAGGAUACUACAACUUAAGAAAACCAAAGGUAUUCACAAUGAACAACUACUUCUCUGUAGGACCUGAUGCUCUUAUGGCUUUAAAUUUCCAUGCCCAUCGUGAGAAAACUCCCUCUCUGUUUUCCAGCAGAAUCAUCAAUAAGGCUGUUUAUUUUUUUUAUGGAACCAAAGACUGCUUAGUACAAGAAUGUAAAGAUCUUAACAAAAAGGUUGAGCUAGAGUUGGAUGGUGAGAGGAUUGAGUUGCCCAAUUUGGAAGGCAUCAUUGUGCUGAACAUUGGAUACUGGGGAGGUGGCUGCAGGCUCUGGGAAGGAAUGGGGGAUGAACCUUAUCCCUUGGCGAGACAUGAUGAUGGACUUUUGGAAGUUGUUGGUGUUCAUGGUUCUUUCCACUGUGCCCAGAUCCAGGUGAAACUGGCAAAUCCUGUUCGCCUGGGGCAGGCACACACAGUGAGGCUGAUCCUGAAGAGCUCCAAGAUGCCGAUGCAGGUGGAUGGGGAGCCCUGGGCACAGGGGCCCUGCACUGUCACCAUCACUCACAAGACCCAUGCUCUGAUGCUGUACCACUCUGGGGAGCAGACAGAUGAUGAUGAUGCCUCCAGCCUGUCAGAGUGACACCACACCACAGGAGCUGGAUAAAGACCUGGAGAUUUUGUGGAAUUUCAGCAAGGAACUUCAGCUCAUUAAAGCACUGAUGUCUGAUCUAGAUUGAUGUUUAUGCACUAAGGGUCAUACUUGUGAAUGAAUUAGAGCUGAGGAAAAAGCCAUCUUUUGCACUCAUGGAAAUUUUCACAGCUGAAUUACCACAACUGUUUUGCUUUUGACUUGGUGGGGAUGCCCUCCAACCUUUCCAGCUGGGGUGUGUUCCUCUAAUGGCUGAAAAGGGACAGAUGCUGCAACCCUUCCUUGCUGUGGUAUCAGGUCUUCUGCACAUACACAGUGCAGUGUUUCAGAGAGUUGUUUCAUACCCUUGGAAAGGAGAACAGCUGGGGGUUUGACCUGCUUCCACCUGCCCCAGAGCAGUUCCAGAGCAGAAAACCAGACCAAGCAGUAUGUGGGUUGGUGUUCUGACAGCAGCCUGUUCCUGGCUGCCAUCUCUGCUUGGGAGCAAGAGGAGUAACUCUGUCACCUGCUUGUGCAAUGCAUUUCUAAUAAGCUUCACUGGGAGAGUAGAGGAUCUGGGAGCUCUGAGGAAGGUACUCAGCAAGAAAAUUGCUUUUGGACCAAAGGUUUCUGGAAACGAUAUUUAGGAAAUGACCUUUUUCAGUGAUUUUGCAAGCCAAAGUGUACCCUGAGAUCUUGAGUCCCAACAUACAACUCAAAAUAAUUGUACCAUGACUUGCACUGAAUGAUCCUGUGACUUGACUUUGCUUCAGUUUGGUGAGAGACUAAUUCUAGUUAUUGUAAAUAGCAGCAUCAUAGUUCUUGGGGAGGCUUUUCAGAGGAAAACUUGGACAAAGUAGCAUCUUUUUUAGCUGUUUAGAGGAAAGGGUUUUAAAGAAAAAAUGAUGAUUGGCAAAUGUGGAGUAUUUUUAAAAGACUUGUUAAAGAACUUGGCUCAUAAUUAUCUGAGAAUGAUUGAUAGUAAGUCAGUCUGUUAACUCAAUUUUAGGUGUGGGGGUUGAGAGCUAAGUGUGCAGAGGUGGCAUUACUGUGUAUAAUUUGACUGUGGUGAAAAAAGCAUGGAAGUAUUUGUUUUCUGACUGGCUCUUAGGGGGUCAGAGAUACCUUGUUGGUUACCCUCAUUUCCCUUAUGGAUAUAAGUGGGGAAAAAAUGAGUGGUUGAUGCUGGUAGUGAAGGUUCAGAACACCUGCAGCAGUACACAGGGACUGUCAGCUUGGCAUAUCUGAAGCUUCUCAGGUUAAAAGCUUCUCAGGUGAAAACAUCUUCAUGGUUAAUAAAAGAUCUUAUUCCUGUUCUUUUUAUUGUAAGAAUUACAAGCCUGCAGCAGGUGAGAACUGAGUUGAGGUUUAAAAUACCUCACUGAGUAAAUUCAGUUUAGUUACUGAAGGUGCUCUUCCAGGUAGGAAGAGAAUUUAUCCUGUGUAAGCCAAGAUCAUAAGAACGUAGAGCGUUGGUCUGAACUUUGAAUGUUGCUGCUUUUGCCAUCCCCCAUUUUUAAAUUUUUUUUUCUUUCCACUGACUGAAAAUGAGACCACUGGGUAAAGUAGGCUGUGUUUCUAGGUUUUUUUUAAUGAAACCAUUUUUCAAAAACCUGUAAAAUGAUGUUUGCAUUAGCGGUGAACGAUCUAUUUAUAUUUUAAAAUAAUUUAUUGAAACUUGGCAAAGUCAGUAUUUUUAAAACUUUCAACUGUAAUCCUCUUUGGAAAGUAUUUUUAACUUGAUGGUGUUCCUUGUAGAAAAUGUAUGUACUAGAACUUCAAUACUACUGAUUCUCAGUAAAUCUAUAGCAGUCUGAAAAUGUGAUUAGAAUGUAAUGAACUGUAAAGCAGAAGCCAUUUGUAAAUUCCAUAUUCAUUAGCCUUAUACACCUCAUUUUAAUUAUUUUAUUGUAUGUAAAUAUAGAUGAAAAAUAAUAGUAAAACAUAUGUAAAAAGUGUUUAAAAUACCCCAAGUACACUAUGUUAGAUGAAUCCAUUACCUUUUUUUUUAGUUAAGAACUUAAAUUUGUAUUAGCUUCAGAAAUCUACCAGUUAAGUUAUUAUUUUUUUAAUAACUUGUAACCAUCAGCAUCCUGAAAGUAUUUAAGUUCUAUGCUGUAGUUCUUAUGUAGCUGUUGUUUACAACAAAGGAGGAAUCUGUGGAAAAGCAGGGUAUGUGCUGUGAAAGGCAAUAUUUGAAAUCACACCACUUUAAACUAUUCAUAAACUUUAAACUACUCAUAAAGCAGUUUAGACUUCUCUGAAGUUGAUCAGAUGGUGAUUCAAAUUGUUUUAUAGCCCAAGCCCUUCAACUGUUGAAAAACUUCACUCUUUUGACUCCUGACAUCUAGAAAAGAAAUAAUUGAUGCCUAGUUUGGAAGUCUCCCUGUGUGACACAGUGGGGGCUGUUUGUGCUCCCUCUCUUCAUCUUGCCAGGAGUGCAAUCCAAGGUGUGAAAUACUCUGGGAAAGGUAAAUCCAUCAUUCCUGCUGGAGAAAUGAAAUAGCAUCUAGCUGGGUGCUUGUUUGGGAAAACCCCUGCUAAAUGGCCUUGUUUUUGGAGGUGAAGAAGUUUGUGUCUCACCAAUGGACUCUAAGUGGAAAUGUGGCUGUGGUGGCUAUGGGGAAGCCUCUUGUGAAAUUCUAUUUAUGGUUUAGAGAACAUUCUCUAAGGUUGAAUGUCCAUUGUGACUCUGUAGCUGUCAUAUGUGUGGCAAAAAAAGGUCUUGUAAAACAGCUCUGGAAUCUCUGGGAAGCCUUGCUGUUUCCAGCUGUUCUUUGAUUUCAAUGUGUCCUCUUCUCCGGUGUGUUGCAAGUUGGGUUAAAGCUUGUUUUGAAUGAUUUUGAUGGAGCUGUUUCCAGCCUUAGCCCAAAUUUGGCGUCAGCAAUGGGCUCCCAGAUUGUCUGGCAGCAGGGAAUGGAUUUGGCUAAUUGGUAACAGAGCUGGAGCUGCCCAGUGCUGUGGUGUGCAUUGUGAAUGUGAACUCCCCCAUGCUUUUUAAAUGUUGUAGGUGCAUAGAGCACCCUUUCAAACAGCUACUCCAUCCAGGGAGUUACUCCUUCUAGGUUGGAACCCUGGAAAUUACCACAGUAUAUUCUCUGUCUGGGAGAGGGGAUUCUGCAGCUGGAGCUCCUGUCCUUCACUGGAGAGUUUUUAUUUAUCCUGUAAAUCAUAAACAUUGGAAAAAUAGAGAAAACAAUAUUUCAAAAAGACAAAUAACAAAUUGUUUCUUCUGUCAGUCGUCAUUUGUGUAAAAUGUACAGGGUAAACAAUAGCAUUGAUUGUCAAGCACUUAGAAAUGAGUUUAUAAAGUUUAUUUUUAAUUUGUAUUGCUGCAUUCAGUAGUUUAACUGAAGUUUGGUCAGAUUCUGAUAACUUUCUUUACUGUAGGUUCUCAGUCCUGUGACAGGCAAUACAAAAAACAUAAAUCUGCAUGGAGAGCCUUUCUGUGGGUCAGCUCCUUGCCUGCUCACACUGUACUUGUUUACUCCCAUUGGGAGGAUGUGCUGGGUAUUUUUAUGUGCACAGAACCUCCUGUCAAAGGCUUUGUCAGACAAGAAAAUUGGAAUGGCUUCACACAGCUGUUCUUGGCCCAGUGACCCACCUGUUCGGCUUUUCCAGUCACCUCACCACCAGGACUCCAAAGGUUCCCCAAAACCCCUGGCUUAUAUUGAAAGUGCAAUCUUUGUUCUUGCUGCUGGGGAGGAACGUCCCUGUUCUCCACAGGUUCUGAGAACAGAUCCUUAAAGGGUUUGGUUUCAGUCUGGCCAGUUCCUUCUGGUUCUGUGCCACAUUGCACUGAGGCUUUUACAGUACGUGUUACUGUAUCCCACUGGUAAAAUAAAAAAGCACUGCACCUUUAGCUGUGGUCAGCACAAUGGCAUCAGUGUUAGAGUAGUUACUGGUUUUUACUUGGCAGCAAAUGCUUUUGGUAGAGCAGCACUGUAACCCAGUCUGUGGGGAAGAGCAGGACUUAAAAAUCUGUAUGUAUUCUAACUGAAAAUCCUUUUUAUGUCUGUAUUUCUUAUUGACUACUAGCAGUUUUCUUCCUUUUGGAAAAUAAAAAAGUCUUCAGUUGGAAUUAAAUUAGGCUGUCUUCAGAUUCAAAAAUACUGAUUCUGUUGAAUGUCAACCACUUCAUUAAAAUGCUGGUUUCUUCUCGGAAGUAAGAGGUGCUUCUUGAACACAGGGAUGAGGCAGCAGAGACCACUUCUUUCUGUAGUAAUUCGGUAAAUGGAAAGAAUUUACACAUUCUUUAUUUCAGCAAUGUUGAGGCCACAGUUCCAAAGCAUGACAUGAUCACAAUUUGUUACCUAAGAGUGCUGAAUACCCAAUUCAGGCUUUGGGCAUCUCAGGGAGAUACUUCAAGCUGGAAUAAAGCCACAUGCCUUGACUAAACCUAGUUAUGUUGUGCAGAUUGAGCUUAGCUGAGGACCUGGCCCUUAACUGUUCAGAAGUAUUAAUGUAUUCAAAAUUGUACUUUUUAUUACUGUCCUGUGCUGUGUCCCCCUACUGCUGUAUGUAAUUAAUUCUUUGCAUUGUUUCAUUUGCAACUUGUUUAUAGAUUUCAGUAUAAAAAUAGUUUUCUUUUUAAGAUUAUGUAGGAACUUAUAUUGUAUGUGAGUUUAUUGCAUUCUGUACCUUCAAGGUUUACAUCCCUCAAAAGCCAUUUUGUCUGCUACAAAAUCUGCUGUAAUCCUUUGAGCACCUCCAGCCAUCUUUCUAGGCUUUUUGUAGUUAAACAGAACGGAUUUUUAUUUUUGUAGCUUGUAACUUCAGUAUGCAUAGUAAUUGUUUAGUAAGUAGUGAUCAGAAUACUGUAAAAAUGUUGCUUUUAAGAGCUGUAACUUUAAAUUAGUAGUAGCUACUUACAAGAAAAUAUCAGCAUGUUAACAGUAUAAAAAAAUAUUCUUCAGUUUCACAUGCUGUGAUUCUGCCACAUGGGGUUUAUAUCGAAUGUGUUUGUUUGUAUGUUCUAAAGUGGCACUAAACAAGGGAAGUAAGAGCCUAAAGUGCAAGAAAUAGGUCAGAAAUACAUUUUAUAACAUUUGAAGCAAUUCUCAAUUGACAAAGGUGACAUUUGGGGUUCAGUAUGUUUUUUUAUUUGCCACUGAGCAGUAAGAAAGGAGUGAUCAGUGGACUCUUGGCAGAUCAGUUGUUUCCUUAUGGUGUAGUUUGAGAUCUGUAUUAAGUGCCCAAAUGUCUGUGCCAUUCCUGCCCCUCAGAGAGCAGAACCCCAGAGCAAACCCCCCCAGCUUGCAGCUGUACAGUGUGUGAGAUCUUACUUGCCAUGAAAGAACCAGUUAGCAUGAUCUUGAAUCUCCAAAAUAAAUAUUUAGAUCAAAAUUGGCAAAUUUUUCCUUGGCAUCAAGCCAUGCUUUCAAACCCCAAACUGGUUUUCCUUUGGUUUUGAAGAGAAGGCAGGCUGAAAUGGGAGGGCAAGGAGGUAAUCCUGUAAAAGUCUCUGUUAAAAAAGCUGUCUGGUUUAUUUGCUGCAGAGGCACAGUGAGUGUGCUUUUGUCUCAAAAACAUUUGUGAUAGUUGGUGCAGUCGUUACAUGGGCAUGAUAUGGUCAUUUGGGUCAGGUUCUGAACUGCCCUGUUCUGUGGUUACUUCACACAAGGAAACUGAAAACUUCAGCUGGUUGUACCAUGGCCUCUCUGGGACUUAACACUCCCAGAAGGGCUCUGUUGAGAAACAUCUGCUCCAUAUUCUUCAUAAAAACUUGUAAAUACAGAUUUUUCACAGCACUGGCUCUGUUGCUGUUAGAUGAAUUUCCUAAUGCAUCUGUUUGUCUUGUUAUUUGUUCUGUAUUUCUCUGUAUGUAGAUUUAAGGGUAUGGA